AUGGGAGACUUCAAGCAUUUGGUUCUAGCGAAGUUCAAGGAUGGCGUCAUAGUGGAGAAGCUAAUGGAAGGGAUGCGAAGUCUUGUUGCUGAAAUGGACACUGUCCGGUCAUUUGAAUGGGGACAGAAUGUGCUGAGCGAUAACACACUAACACAAGGCUUCACUCAUAUGUUCUUGUUGACAUUCAGAAGCUCGGAUGACCUAGCCACCUACACGAACCAUCCCAGCCACCUCGAGUACGCAGAAAAAUUCACUGCAGCCAUUGAUAAGGUCUUGUUAUUUGAUUUUCCUCCCGUCCUCGUCAAGCCUUCAGCUUGA